UCUGGUAGCGCCUCCUCCGGUCUGGUCUGGCGGCGGCCGGCAUGGACCCUCCUCCGGCGGCGGGAAACUUGGAUCCGGCGGUCGAAAGGGGUAGAUCCGGUGGUGGGCUCCAAGAUGCGCCAAGCGGAGGGUCCAACGGCGCGCCGUAUGUGUCCGGCGGAGGGGCUGGCGGCGCCCCGUUCUUGUGGCCGGGAGGCCCGCCGACGGGUCCCCUGGGUGCCCUCCUGGCCGCCGCGGGAGUGCCUCCCGGCAUGGUGGCGGGCGCAUGGCCUGGAGGCGCAGCAACCGCGGCGGGCCAGCCACCGGCGCAGCAACCGGCCAUCCCAGCCGCGGCGGGCCUGGCCGCCGGCGCGUGGCCCGGCAUCCCCGGCGCAUGGCCCGGCGUCCCCAGCGCGGGGCCAUCAGCUUCCCAGGCCUCCGGCAUCCCCAACGCCGCCAUGCCCGGAGGAUGGCCGGAGUGGUGGGCCGGAGCAGCGGCGGCGGCUCUAGGGCCGGAUUGGCUCCGUGCCGAUCCUCAACAGGAGACAGCUUCACAGGAGGUUGGAGGCAAUGACGAGCGGCUGCCGGUUCGGGUCACCUCUGGUCCAGUUCGGAGCUCCUCAACUCGUCGGCGAGGUACCCGCGCACCUAGGCCACCACCGGCGGCUAGGACAGCUACUGCUCCUGCAUCUGUGGACGUCGACCUCACCGAUCCAAGGAGAAGCCGUUUUGCCAAACACUUUUCAGAAUGGCUUCAGCUUCACCAGAGAAGCUGUUUCACCAGAGCAGCCACAGCCGCAGCCGUUUCAGCCACAGCCACAGCCCUACCAAACAGGCCCUAA